AUGCAAAGAGCUUUUGAGAUAUACGCCUACUGUGCUAUGUCGCCGAAUUACUUAGCAAAUCAUUUCUUCUUCACUGGUCAACAUUUUCUAGUAGAGCAACUAACUGAAAUUGCACUUGCUGUGACUAUUCAUGGGCCAACAAAGUCACAUUCCUACUACAAUUUAGCACGAUCGUACCAUAGCAAGGGGGACUAUGAAAAAGCUUCGCAUCUGUUUUGGAGGUGUACCCUGAUAACUGUGAGACAAUUAAAGGUUCUUGGGUACAUUUGUGUUCGGCUAGGGCACACUAAGAAUGCCCAGGAGUUCUUAAAGAAAGCUACAAAGAAUGAUCCACGUGAUGCCCAGGCAUUUCUGGAUCUUGGGAAGCUUUUAAUUUCAACUGAUGCAGGAGAUGCGUUAGAUGCUUUUAAAACUGCACGUAAUCUACUGAAAAAGGAUGACGAAGAAGUACCAACAGAACUGUUCAACAAUAUUGGAGUUCUUCAUUUUGAAAGAGGAGAGUUUCAGCUUGCUAAACAAACGUUCAUGAAAAUACUAGGUGAUGGCAUAUGGGUUAAGUUCAUUGGUAGUGACGCUCCACGGGAUCCAAAUGUUGAAGCAGGUUCAAAUCCCAGGGAAGAAGCCCAGUCAAUCCUAUUAACAAACUGCAUUUAG